CUCCAAUCCAGGAUCCUCUGCUGAUAUCUUCUAUAUAAGAGAAUUCUCCUGGAUGACCCAUCAACCAUGGAGAGAGACAGGAACAAGAUGGCCGACAGGAUCAUAAACCUUACCAUACAGAUACUCUUCCGGCUUACUGGAGAGGAUUACACAGUAGUGAAGAAGUCCUCUAGUGGGCGCUGUCGGGCCCCUGUGUGUGAAGAAUGGGGUAGAACCCUGAGCCCAAUCCCGAGGCCCCCACCUCACUCCCUGAUACAUGAGGAAAUGGAUGAACAGAAGAUCCGAGAACUCAUCAACAAGAUGAUGGAGCUGCUGACUGGAGAGGUUCCUAUAAGGUGUCGGGACGUGGCGGACUAUUUCUCCAUGGAGGAGUGGGAGUAUGCAGAAGGACACAAGGAUCAGUAUAAGGAUCAGGUCAUGAUGGAGGAUCAGCAGCCCCUCACAUCACCAGAUUCUUGUAGCAGGAGAUCAGAGGAGAAUCUUCUAUCUUCAGAUUAUAAAGCAGAUGAUGAUAUCACACAAGAUACAUAUGAAGAACAUUCCAUUAUCCCAGAUACACCCUCAGCCCUUCACAGCCAAGAUCUGUCAUCUCAUCCUUAUAUACAGGUCCUGUCUUCUCAGUCAUCACAGAAAGGUCACAGAAGGGGUGUUGGACAUCAACGAGCUCAUACAGGAAAGAAAACCUAUUCAUGCUCAGAAUGUGGGAAAUGUUUUACUCAGAAAUCAAGUCUUGUAGUACAUCAGAGAACUCAUACAGGAGAGAAGCCAUUUUCAUGUUCAGAAUGUGAGAAAUGUUUUACUGCUAAAUCAGAUCUUGUUAGACAUAAGAGAAGUCACACAAGAGAGAAGCCAUUUGUAUGUUCACAAUGUGGAAAAUGUUUUACUCAGCAAGCACAUCUUGUUGCACAUCAAAUAACUCACUCAGGUGAGAAGCCCUUUCCAUGUUCAGAAUGUGGGAAAUGUCUUACUCGGAAAGCACAUCUUGUUAUACACCUACAGAAAUGUCUGUUACGCAAAAUGCAAAUAGAAUCCAAAUAACACAUCUGUAUGUAUAUAU